CUUACAGAUGCACCGUUGCUGAGCUGUUGUACGGUUUCAGCCCUGCUACGCAUUCGCGGGGAUGCCCGAGUAGGAAUGGACUGUUUACAUUUGGAUUUGACGCAGACAGAAGCGUUGGUGCCCGAAAAGCGUCUCUCUCUUCUUCUUCGCUCUCUCUCUGCAAACGCAACGGGUUUGCACGGCUGCUAGCUAGCAUGCUAAGCUAACCGUGCUAACUCGGCCUGGCCCUGGCCUUGCCUGGCCCCUUGGCUCGAAACAGAACGCGGGCCUGGCUGCUUUAUACUUCGACAAUUUAAAGUUGUAACCCGGGCCGCGACUCGUCAACGCACACGACUCGGGAUAUGGGGUUAGCAGUAUCAACGUUGCCUCUCUUGCUCUGUGGUGGUGUCACUGGGUUCGAUCUCAGCAGCUCACAGGAAACCAUGGGACUACCACUACCCAACUGUAUUUGGGAACCAAUAUGUUGAAAAAACUCUUUGUCAGUUUUCUUUAAGGAGUAGUAAAAAAAACAAAAUAAAUAAAGAACUUUAUUGUGAAAGCACAGUCGAUCCUGGGCCUCACUUUCUCAACCAGCAUCUUCCCAAGUCAGAUGACUCUGAGUGGUAAGAUGCAGUAAUGGAAGUCCAUGCUCCAUUCAGCACUAUAGCCAUGAAGCAGCUCAAAGGGUAGGGUCCGUUGUGAGCUCGCCUCACCCUACCCACCUCCCUAUCAGCUCCACCUGAGACCCAGUUCCAGGCUGAAGCACAAGCCUUCAGCCCUAACUGUUCUCCACACUUCCACCGCCACCUCCACCACUGCUUUGGAAGACGACCAUGAUGUUCAUUGUGAAGACACUGGUUAAUGUCUGAUCCAUAUACCUCUGAGGUGCUGAGCGUAAAACAAGUGGAGAAAUGAAUGGCGGUAAGGACUGUGAGGCGGGAGAUGAGAGGCAGGCCGUCCCUGUCCAGGUCCCCAUCGGCUGGCAACGCAGGGCGGAGCACGGUGGAGUUGUGUACAUAAGUCCCAGUGGCUCGGUGCUAUCCAGCUUGGAGCAGGUGAAGACCUACCUGCUGACUGAUGGAACCUGCAAGUGCGGCCUGGAGUGCCCUCUUAUCCUCCACAAGGUGUUCAACUUCGACCCAGGGGCAACUGUCAAACAGAGGACAGCAGAGGAUGUGAAAGCAGAUGAAGAUGUUACAAAACUCUGCAUUCAUAAGAGGAAGCUUCUGGCUGUGGCUACGCUGCACAAGAGCAUGGAGACGCAUCAACCCGUGGCAAUGACUGGUCCAGGAGGAGGUACAUCAUCUGUCGUUGCUGCACAUUCUACGACUCAUCGAGCAAUAAGGACUAAACCCCAUGAUAGUCUGCCCAAUGCUGUUGGCCCUGACUGCAAACAUCCUUUUAAGAUGAGCAUGGCAACUGGACAGCCACAGCAGAGGUUGUAUCCCCCCCAGGAGAUGGGUGGAUCCCAGCAGCCUGAGGUCUACUCUGGGUACCCCAGGGCGCAGAGGAUUUCAAGUGGAGAACCUGGCCCCAAAUCCCCUUAUAGGGCUGGGUAUGGAGGCAUGCUGAGCCCACCUCCUUCCAGUGCUAAGCUGUAUGGAGAUGGCUCACAGUCUCCCAAUGCAGAUACUUUGGGCAUCCCCGAGGGCUUUCCAAGGACCAAUUCUUGUGGUUUUACCGGAGCCAGUUGUCCCAGUUCAGCCGCCAUCCAUGGGAAUACUAGGACACCUCUUUCCCCUCCUAGUGUGAUGGUUCAUGGCUCCUCUGCGGGCCAACCAUCUUGUGCCAUGACAGGGAGGACUAGCACGCCCCUCUCUCCAACGGCCACUGCCAAAAGCCCUGUCAUGAACAUGAACAUUCCACGGGGGAACUUCCCCCCUGGUAUGGAUAUGUCCCGUGCAACAUUUCUCCAUAAAACACAAUCCCCUGUGCAUCCCGUUCCACCCCCACCAUCCUGUGCCCUUCAAAAAAGGCAGUUGACCUCUGAAAAGGAUCCCUUAGGCAUUUUGGACCCCAUCCCAAGCAAACCAGUCAGCCAACCCCCCAACACCCCAAACCCCUCCAACUUCCAGCCUAACAUCCACUCUCAGGUACCAAUGAUGAAUGUAAACAUACCCCCUCCCGCCAUUGUACCCUUGCCAAGCAACUUACCUUUACCUACAGUAAAGCCUGGGCCUGUUGGGCAUGGUGGCCACAUUCAAAGGACUCAACAGGGUGGUCCAGUUUCCUCAAUGUCCCCAUCCCCUGUCACCUCACCUGUUCACAUGACUGGGCCUGCCCUUGGGAGAUUGGAGGCCUCGCCUCAUCGGUCACGCUCAUCCUCCACCUCCUCUGACCAUGGCAACUUUGCAAUGCCUGUGGGGCAUCAGACCCCAUGCGGCACCAUAAAGGUCCCACCCCGUUCCCCUAGGUCAGCUAUGGGAUCUCCCAGGCCAGCCAUGCCCUCUAGCCCCUCCACUAACAAAACUGACCCACUCCAUCAGUACAAAGACUCCCAGCUACUGCCGGGUAUGGGGAACUCAGUUGGUACCCAGCAGCACAGUAACCCCAUGUACUCACCCACCUCUUCCUCCUCCUCAACUUCUUCUCUAGCAACCGCCAGCGCUUCCCAGAAAGGCCACCCAGGACUCCUGGGGAUGCCUCUCAACCAGAUCCUCAACCAACAGAAUGCUGCUUCCUUCCCUGCCAGCAGUCUCUUGUCAGCCGCAGCCAAAGCACAGCUAGCAAAUCAAAAUAAACUAAGCACUGCUGGCAACAGCACUGCUGGCAUGGCUGGUGGUGGUGUUGGUAUGGUAGGCAUGGGGACAGGUGGUGGAGGUAAUGGAGGCGGUGGUCUACACCCUGGCUCAAUGAGUGGCCCUCGAAGCAUGGAGGGACACGGCACUUUAAACCCCAUGCUCCCACCAAACUCUACCAUGCUGCUCAACACUCCUGAAGGUCAGAGUGGUCGGGCAGCUCUUAGAGACAAGCUCAUGGCCCAGCAGAGAGACCCCAUGCGUAAACGGAAGCAAUCGUCGGGCAGUGCUGCUGUGAAUCAUGACAACAGUAACAACAUGGUCUACAACAUGCUCAACAAACCAGGCAUGGGAGGACCCCACAUGGCAGGGCCUAGUGCAACAGAGCAGCUGCGAAAAGUGGGUCGUCUUGGAAACCUUCCUCCAAACACCUCCAUGGCCCAGCUUCUCCAGUCCAUGAGCUGCCAGAGCUCCCACAACUUGGCUGGGAAUAGCCAUCGUCCAGGUAUACAAGGAGCUCCACAGCUUCACUACAACGACAGCACGGGAAUGGUCCCCAGUGGCUCUCAGCAGAACCUGCUACCCCAGCAGAGGCUGCGGGGUCCAGGUGAUGCCUUGCAGCACUGCCAGAACAUGGAAACCUCUGGGAGCCAUUUGGGCUCUCGCCCAGGCCCGUUUCCUGAUAUAAUGGCCCAGAUGCAAGCCUCCCCUAUCAGUAACUGCGGACCCAUGGGACCAGGUGGUGGUCCAGUGGGUCCCGAUGGAAUGCCAUUGGGACGCACCAACACUAAUCCGCCACCGUUGUCUCAUCCGGGCCCUCACACUUCACAGCAGAACCUUCUUCAUAGUAUGGGGCGAACAAACAUGGUGGUGAUGCCACAUGGAGGUGGUGAUGGAGGCUGUGCACAGAGCAUCACUGAUACAGGAAACCCAUCAUCGCUUGCUUGUGGCAUGGGUGGCCUGCAGCCGCAUGUCAACUCCGGUGGCGGUCAAAUUUACCAGCAGCAGGUCCACCAGGGCAUGCAGCAGCAGGGGGUGACCUCCCAUCCAGCCUAUCAGGGCCAGCAGCACUUUUCAGACAACCCACCCUACACUGACAACAACAGUACCAACGCUAGCUCCAUGGCAUGCCUCUACCAGAACUACCAGCAGGGGAUGUUGCCACACCCCCAGUUUGGGGAGGGCCAGCAGCCCCAGAGCGAGGUACUCCAAGCAGGUACACAUGGCUCUGACAGGGGGCCCGGCGGAGGUCCAGAGUCAGUGGACGCCAUCUACAGAGCCGUGGUGGAUGCUGCCAGCAAGGGCAUGCAUGUUACCAUCACUACCACCGUGAGUGGCACCACACAAGCAAGUCCGGUUCCGGCUCUCAGCGCCAUGACUGCCUUCACUGCCUCCAUAGGAGAGCCUGUUAACCUCCCCCAGGCAGUCAGUGCAGUCCUGCAUGGGCAUCAGGAAGGUGAGGUGUUACCCCAGCAAGCCAGACAGAGGCAGGUGAGGCCAGGGCGCGGUCAGAAGAAUGCAGAUCCAGGAAAGAGAACUCCAGACAAUUCUGAAGCCAAUGACUACUUCCGCUCUCCUGGCCGGGGAACCCCCAGGGGGCAAUGGGACGGAGAGAUGCAGCAUGGCGGAGGCUUCGAUGCUCAUAGCAACAGCAGCGCCUGGGGUGGGGAGGAGUUUCUGGAGUGCUCUACUCAAGUGAGAAGUAGUCCCUGCAUGGAACGACCAGCCAGCUUAGCUUCUCUACCGCCGUGUCCUGCUGAGGCGUCAAGUGACCACGGACUUGCCGUAGUGCACGAUAAGUCCUUUCUUGAUGACGGCUAUCGCUUCAACAACUGCAGCAGGACACCUGCGAACUACAAAGAGCGCCUGGAGCAGACAGUGGAGCGGUGUGCCCACAUUAAUGGAGCCACGCCACACUUCAACUCCAGAGGCUACGGAGAAGUUCUGGGACCCCCACGGCAAGAACUGACGGGGGAUGACCAAUCGCCCAGCUCCUCCACUAGUCUGGAGGGACCUCUGGCCUCAGCCAAAGACUACAGCCAGUAUAAUGGCCACUUUAAUGGUAUGGCUCCCAGCCCCUCGGACACAAAGAGUCUGAGCAGCGAGGAGGACCUGCGGCAACCGGACUCUCCUUCGUCAGAACUGCUUCACUACCGCUCCAGGACCUUCAACAUGGGAGAGCUGGUCUGGAGCCAGCUGAAGGGCUUUCCACCGUGGCCUGCCAAGCUGGCUGGGGACGAACAAGUGCACAGUGCUGCUAUGCAGCUACGGGAGCAUGCCAAGGUAGAGCAAGAGAAGUUAAAAACACUAACUCAUGACUUAGAGGCACUUGACAGAGUUGCCAAAAGGGGCCUGAAACCGGGAAAACUGAAUAAUCACUUGGAAGCUGCUAUCCACGAGGCCAUGAGUGAGCUGGAUAAGAUGUCGGGCACAAUCCCAUCAAGGGAUCGUCAGGUGAAGCUCCCCAAGCCCAAGAGGAGGAAAAUAUCCAGAUAACAUUGAAUGUGUCGCUGUGAGAACAUCCUCAAAUCCUUCGGAGACUUCAUCCGUUCAGCCUUGAUGCGAUCUGAGCUCUCUAACAGGUGCUACACAUGGACUGUCAGUGGUACAUUUGUUGUUUAAUGACUGACCACAGAAGGUGCUGGAAACUCCAAUCACCAAUACAGUUUUAACUGUAGAGAAAAGAGGAAAACCACACAAACGGUUGCAAUUUGUCUACAGCUCACUGAAUUAACUAUUUUUUUCUAGUAUAAGAUAGUAAAAUAAACAAAAAAAGCUACAAGCAUUACCUUACAUAUUUAAGAAAAAUAGACAGUCCAAAUAUUUCUGAUACAUUUUCAAUAUGUAUAUAGAUAAUCCUGAAAUUUCAUGCUAUUAAGAAUUGUAUGUAAAUAUUGUACAAUGUCAUGUACAAGCGUACCUAAUGCACAUUUUAUCUUUUAUUGUACAAAACAAAGCAGAAGUGUACCAAUGUCUUGGUUUCUAUUCUGAAAUGCGGUUGCAUCCAACCGCAUGCAUAGGAUAAAUAAGAUUACAGCCUAAAGCUUUUAUAUGAUGAACUGACGUCCCGUCCUGGGUUGGUUUGUUUUGUGUGCGUGUGUUUUUUUUUUUUUUUUUUUUUUUUUUUUUGGAAGGGAACACCAGUGUCCAGACAUCACGUGUGUCUGAGUUCUCCAUUAUCACAAGUUAAAUGUUUGUUUCUACUGGAUGAAAAGAUCAAAAAACAACAGAAUGAACUUUACCAGCAAAGUGUUCAAUGUUCCCCUGAGAAAGGCAGAAAAGGACCAACGGCCUGAUGGAGGUUGGUGAAGCUUCACCUGCUUCAUCGCUUACUUUGAAAGAUGAUAUUUUAAGCUAAAAUUAAUUUUUUUUGCCAAUUAUCAUAUUGGCAAACAUAAAGUUGGUGACCUGCCUGUUUGAGGAGGAAAAAAAUCCACCUUCAGCCACUUUGAAGCUAUUAAUGGUGGGUUGGAGUUUUGUGAGUGAGUCUAGAUUUAGUUUAGAGAGAAAACUACAGGGCAGUCAAGCAAAACAAGAAAUAACCUCCCACUUUUAGCGUUAACGUUCGGCUUCUUGGAUGGUUGAUUCAGCAGCGUUUUCUAGAUUUUAACAUUUUAAACUGAAUAUUCAAUGACUAUACAUGUAGCAGACCUUCCUUGAUCCUGAAGCAGAGUUGUGUGUUUUAAUUACUCUAGUGGCAAUUUCUGCUUCUAUCAGAUUUUAAUUUACGUAAUUUCCUCCAUUUAGACAUAAUUACCUUCGCAUUUCAGUGGUAAGGACUAACUUGGACGAUGAGGAUGCUUGUUCACAUGCAUCACUGGAGUCUCGCUCAUGUAUAAAUCAGGUGUUUUUCUUCUGAUAAGUGAUGCUUCUCAUUUAAAGAGACGUCUUGUUUAUUCCGUCUUGUAUCCAUCAUGAAUGAUACAAUUGUCAUUUUCUUAAGAAGGUCAUAAGAACCUUGAAACAAGCUGCUUCCCUCAAACAUCUAUCCAGCAAACUACACCCCAGCUGGAAGCUGAUCUUAACAUCUGGCCCUUCAUUCAUAGGAAGCAUCAAAGCACAGUGACUGAAGUAGCCUCUAAAAUACAAACCAAAACACUACACAAAGUGUUUGUGGGUGGAUUUUCCUUUAACCAAGCGUUCUGUCAUUUGAUUGUUUUGAUCCUUGUGCUCGGUUUGUACAGGUUUUUUUUUUCCUUUCUCCAUUGUUUGUCACAACUGUAGCUUUAGGUAGAGUAACCAACCUGUAGGUUAUUACAAAGGAACACUAACUCAGUUUGGUGAAAGCAUUUCUCACAUUUAGGGGCCUUGUUUCUUUUUUUCUUUUGCUUAUUAAUGUAAAUUAUUUAUGUACAGUACUUCAUAUUUAUUUUAAGCUUUACAAAUAUGCUAGAUGGCAAUAAUACUACCAAGAGUUGAGAACUCAAGCCUUAUAUGUGUAUAUGUAAGUUUUUGUUUUUACAGUUAUGUUCUCUUUAUUUAAGUGAACAUUUACAAACACUUUUUUGUUUUACAGUGGGGCUUUUUGAGCUACUUGUUUUUGCAUCACAGUGUCAUGAACUUUGUGAAGAGCCACACUGUUUGUGAAAACGCAUGUCUGAUAGUGUCCUUUUAUGUUUUACGGUGAUAAAUGCAGUCGUAACGCAACAAACGUGAAAACUGUUGCUAGGUCGGUCAGAAAGUCGACAGUGACGCACGCGAAACUCUGGAUCAACACACAAACCCUCCCAGCUGCUGCUUCAGAUCAAAAGCAACAAACAGCCUGAAUCACUACAGCAUCUUCAAGUGCAAUAUUCCAGUCAUUGGCGAAGAUCAACUGCUUAGCAACACUGCAACUGGUUGUUUGAAAUGGUUUCAACACCUUGGACUGUAUCAAUUUUCUUUUUAUAAUGUCAGUGAUGUGCAUCAAUAAUGUCUCUUCUGUCAAUAUUCACAGCCAUAAUGUAAUAAUUUAUUUGUAGCUCUACUACUACUUAAUCAGCACACGACAACCGUUAACCAGAGCAGCUUCACGCUUUCCAAACCUCCAACAUCAACUUCUGCUAAACUCCCAUUUAUUUAUUUUGACUUGUCAGUGAACUGAUUUACUACAGUUGCUAAUAACCUUCAAACCGCACCAUUCACUACUUCCUAAAGGUAUUCUACCUGUUUUCACUAAAACAUUAAAACACUACUACAGAAACGUAUCUACGACUUUAUGAAAGCCCAAAGUUUGUCAUUUGUGGCCUCGACAUACUCUUGCUAUACUUUCCUUAUAGAGAUGUCUUUGAAGAAGAGCCUCAGCCCCUUCCGCUAGUUCAGCCUUGCAUCUUCUAUGUGCACACACUGUACUGUAUUUUCUGAUGGAAUCUUUCACCGACAUUUCUGUAAUGUUUGUGUUAUGUGACCACUGGAAAACGCUCACAUUUUGAAAUAACUGUUCUUGCCCUAAAAUCUGUAUCAGUAUUAAACGACAAACGCUUCUGUUUGCAAUGCCAAAUUUUUCUCUGUGGAAAAGUUCCUACUCAACAUAUCCGUCUGUUUCAAAAUGUCCGUUUCUUUCCAGUGUUCACAGGUUUUAAGAACCUCCGCUGAGUUUUUACUGUAACGUUGUUGAGGAAAAAUGUGACGUUCGAACUCUUUGGGUAAAGUUCAUUCUGCCUCUUCCACCUCUUUUGUGCAAUUACAUGCAGGAACCCAGUGUCUGUUGGGAACCCAUGUGUUUUGGAUCUGUUCUAUCAGUUUCAUGUUUGUGGUCAAGAGUUCAACGCAUCCUUGUGUUUGAAAUGGUCUGUGCAGUCUAUUUUUCCUUCUGCCUGUGGUUGUGUGUUGUGAGUGUGAUUUUGAUUUCUUGGGUUUUCCAGUGAGCUUGUUUGUUUUUCUGCUUUUUGAAUUUCAAUUCCCUCUUCCACCUUUCUGUUGUCAGUGUUUUAUUUUUUUCAACCUGUAACUAAGUAUAUAUUUUCUCACUAAUAUAUACUUUACAAAAAUAGACUCGCGUGAAGUAUGAUGUGCACUUGAUUGCUCUUGUUUAUUUUUCUGUUUUGCAUUAAUGUGGGCUAGGGAUAGUUUGUCAGAGUCCAUUAUUUUGAGAUUGUUUGGACUUUUUUAAUGGUUUGAUGUAAGCAGCAUUUUUUGUAAAUAUUGUGAACAUUACAGGUCAUGCAGUGAUGUAACAUUUUGAACAAUGUUGCACAGAUGUUUAAGAUAUUAAAAACAGGUCACUCUUACUUGAAUAAGAAGGUG